AUGGCAGGCCAUGAAAAUGCAGAAAACGGGCUUAACAAGGACGAGAGAAAACUCGAGUAUAUGAAAAAGCAUAAGAUGGAAUCACGCGAGGACUCAGUUGAGGAGAAGCGAAGCCAGCAUAGGCGUCUAAGCCACUCGAGCCGUGCAUCGAAUGCCUCCGACGAUACGGAUCCAUUGUCGCCGCUAGAGUUGGCAAUCUCGCCUGGAAUACAAGUUUUCGAAGAGGUCGCUCGUGUGCGUACAGCGACUAGCGUUGGGACCUCGGCGUCGCGGCUCCCAGACUACGAAGUUGCAUUUGAGGAGAACGAUCCGGAAAACCCUCGAUAUUGGCCUUUAUGGUACCGGUCGUUUGUUAUCUUCGCUAUUAGUUUUUCGUCGUGGGUAAUCGUACUUUACAGCACCAGUUACACGGCGUCGACGCCUGGUUUGGUAGAAGAAUUCGAUUCUUCUACCACUAUAGUGACUCUCGGUGUCACCACUUAUAUGUUCGGUCUUGCAACAGGGAGUCUGCUGGUAGCACCUGCGAGUGAGCUCUAUGGGCGUAGGCCCGUGUAUAUCGUUUGCUUGAUCUGCUUCGCGGCCAUGGUAAUUCCAACAUGUCUAGCAACCUCGCUAGCUGAGAUUCUCGUGGUCCGAUUCUUCGCGGCGAUGUUCGGGAGCGCGAUGAUAGCUAACAGUCCAGGAACUGUUGUAGAUAUCUCGACGGAAGAAACUCGCGCUUUAUUCAUGUCGCUAUAUUCAACGGCCCCAUUAAAUGGCCCGGUGUUGGGCCCUGUGAUCGGCGGCUACGUUUUCCAAUACCUAGGAUGGAGAUGGGAUAAUUGGCUUGUUCUUAUACUUGCCGGGGUCGGCAUCUUUUUGAUGCUCUUCACUAAGGAGACAUAUGCUCCUAUAAUUCUCCAGAAAAGAGCUGCAAAAAUGCGCAAGGAAACUGACGACGAAAGAUGGUGGUGUCGGUAUGACCAGAAGCUGUCUAAGGCGGCACUUAUAAAGAUUUGUCUGUUAAGGCCCUUCGAGUUCUUUAUUAAAGAACCUAUCCUAUGGUUUUUUAACGUCUGGAUCUCUUUAAUCUACGGAAUUCUCUACCUCUGCUUCGUCGCCUAUCCUAUCGUAUUCUCUCAACACCGUGGCUGGGGUCCAGGCACUUCUGGCCUCGCGUUUAUUGGAAUUGGUAUCGGUUGUACAUUCGCCAUUGUCGCCGAACCCCUAUGGCGCAAAAUUAUCAACUCUCAUCCCAAGGAUCCCGCUACUGGGCGCGCACCUCCUGAAGCGACUGCUCGUGUUAUGAUUAUUGGUGCGAUACUUGUUCCCAUCGGCCAGCUCGUCUUCAGCUGGACAUGCUUACCUACGACCAUUCAUUGGGCUAUUCCUAUCGCUUUUGGUAUUCCUUUUGGUGCAGGUAAUACGCUAAGCUUUAUCUAUGGCUCUAAUUAUCUAGCUGGCGCGUAUGGUAUCUAUGCUGCGUCCGCAUUAGCGGGUAAUGCUGUAACUCGUAGCAUAUUUGGUGGUACCCUGCCUCUCGCUGGCCCUUCCAUGUAUGCAAAACUUACUCCACAGUGGGCUGGUACGCUCCUAGGUCUAUUAGAAGCGGCUAUGAUUCCUAUCCCCAUCAUAUUUUAUCGAUACGGCGAAAAGAUCCGCUCCAAAAGCACCAUUAUCCGACAGAUGCGUGAGGAUCAGGAGAAGAAUGAACGCCGAGUCGCAAGGGCAAAGAAACAUAAAGAGAGACUUGAAACUGAGGAGAAUAGCGACGCGCCAGCUCUAAUGAAAGAGGUUGGUGAAAAUCCUGAAGACCUGGAGAAAGGUGUUAUUAGGCCGGCUGCCACGGUUAUAUCGGCCUAG